AUUCCGUCGGUCAUUGGUUGAGUUCCUAAAUAUUCAGUUAGCUCUCCGGUGAUUGGAGAAUUGGUUACACAAGACCUUGCGUAAAGCAAAAUAUAGAAGUUGUGUAAGGUAAAUACGAUAUAAAUGUACCCGGAUACGACACAGAGCGCGUCUUCAUCGCAGCAGUGGAAUUUCAUUGCAGAAGCUGUUUUCCGGACACUGAGUACAGGCUGUGAAGGAUGUUAGGGUCCCUCUCCUGGCUCCUCCUCCUGGCCCUGGGUGGGCGGGGCUUGGCCCAGGGUUCCGAGCCCAUGUUCCAAUCGGUGACUGGCACGGUCCUGCCCUCUGACAACCAGCACAACCCCACGCAGCUGAAUUAUGGGAUGGCCGUAACCGACGUGGAUGGAGACGGAGACCUGGAGGUGGUGGUGGCAGGCUACAACGGCCCUAACCUGGUCCUGAAGUACGACCGCAAGCUCAACCGGCUGGUGAACAUAGCCUUGGACGACCGCGCCUCGCCGUUUUACGCGCUGCGGGACCCCGGGGGCAACGCCAUCGGGGUGACGGCGUGUGACGUAGACGGGGACGGGAGAGAGGAGAUCUACUUCCUCAACACCAACAACGCCUACUCUGGCCAGGCCACCUACUCUGACAAACUGUUCAAGUUCCGGAACGGACGCUUCGAGGACCUGCUGAGUGAUGACAUCAACGUGCGCCGAGGAGUGGCCAGUCGGCUGGCAGGACGCUCAGUGGCUUGUGUAGACAGGAAGGGCACAGGGCACUAUGCAGUCUACGUGGCUAACUAUGCCAGGGGCAGUGUGGGCGCCCACGCCCUGAUAGAGAUGGACGUGGACGCCAGCGACCCAGGCAAGGGCAUCGUCGCCCUGUCUGACGUAGCCCCCGCCGCCGGGGUCAACAAGCUCACAGGUGGGCGAGGCGUGGUGGUUGGACCAAUCGUGAGCCAGACGAGGUCUGACGUGUUCUGCGACAACGAGAACGGACCCAACUUCCUGUUCCAGAACAUCGGAGAUGGAACCUUCUCUAACGUGGCCCAACAGGCAGGGGUGGAGGACAGGUUCCAGCAUGGUCGUGGAGUAGCGCUGGCCGACUUUAACGGAGACGGGAAGACCGACAUCGCCUAUGGCAACUGGAACGGACCGCACCGCCUCUACCUGCAGGACGGCAACCAGAAGUUCAAGAACAUUGCUUCCAGUGCAUUCGCGUCCCCGUCUCCAGUCCGCACGCUGAUCGCUGCUGACUUUGACAACGACAAGGAGCUGGAAGUCUUCUUCAACAACAUCGCCUAUAGGGGGGAUUCUCCCAACCGCCUCUUCAGGGUGUCCAGGAGACCAGAUGCCGAUCCUCUGAUCCAGGAGCUGGAUGUGGGAGAGGCUGCUGAACCCCAGGGAAGAGGCACAGGUGCCACGGUAACAGACUUUGACGGAGACGGCCUGCUGGACUUGCUGGUGUCUCAUGGGGAGUCUUCAGCUCAGCCCAUCUCUGUGUUCAAGACCUCACAGGGUUCGACCAAUCACUGGCUCCGUGUGAUCCCUCGUACCCAACAUGGGGCCUUUGCACGCGGCGCCAAGGUUACCGUCUUCACCAAUCAGAGUGGAGCCCUCACACGCAUCAUCGAUGGCGGCUCCGGAUACCUUUGUGAGAUGGAGCCAGUCGCUCACUUCGGACUGGGUCAGGAUGAGGUCACCGUGGUGGAAGUCUACUGGCCAGAUGGCAGUUCUAUGACCCGUGCCCUGCAGUCUGGAGAGAUGAACUCAUUGGUCGAGGUCACCUACCCUAAGGAAGGGGAGGAGUCAGUGCUGGCCAAUGACACAAAGUGUGGAGACGGACUGACAGUGAAGAACGGUCACUGUGCAGGUGUCUGAGUACAAGGUGACUUAAUCAAGGAUGAGUUAUUUUGGUGGACCUUUCUUUCAUCUUCUGUCCCUCCAGAGACCAGCUAUGUAAAAGACAGGCUGGCAAGUUAGCUGAACUAACAUCACGUUGUUUAUUUAUAGUUGGCUUCAGCAGUGCCGGUCCUAGCACAUUUGGCGCCCUAGGCAAGUUUUACCUACCUAAUAUUUUUUACCUAAAUCUUUUUUGCGAUUAAUUUUUUUCAACUUUCGAUUGUUUAUUUUUUUCAACCUUUUUAAACUUAUUUGUUCAAAACUUUCUGUUUAAUUUUUUUUUUCACAGAUAGUGAAAGGAAAGGAGAGAGAGCGAUCAUGCCCAAAUACAGACUAAAACUAAAGUAACGAGCCUGGCUUGAACAUUUAACCCUUCUGCUGCCUUCGGGUCACAUGACCCAAAGGUUCAUAACGAACCAUUGUUGUGUUUACCCAAUACAAAAACAAAUAAAAAUAAUUUUAUUUUAACCUUCGCAAUGUGGGGAGUCUGAGACAGCCCGACAGUUAAAAGAAAAGGCUUCACUUUGUUUUUGUAUGCGGUAAAGUUGUCGCAAUACGACGGUGGGUCACAAUGACUGAUGGGUCAGAAUGACCCGAAGAUAACACAAGGGUUAAGAAGUAUAAAGUACAGAUAUUUGUGUAAAAAAUGUAAGAAGUGAAAGUAAAAAAGUUGUCAGAAAAAUUGUGAAUUAAAGUACUGAUACCAGAAAAAUCUACUUUGUACAGUAACAAAGUAUUUGUUGGCUUAUUGGUUUUUAUUAGACGAUAAACAAGCAGGGGGGUUUUUCUACUCUGCGAGUACUUUAUCAUGUUUUUUAAUGCCUUUAUUUUCUUUUUAUUUCCCCUUAGGUUUUGGUACUGAAUGUUUACUUUUGUGUGAAGGUUACUUUUGUUGUUGUUGUUGGCUUAAACACUUCUCUAAAUAAACCACAUGAAUCAUGACACACAACAUCA